AUGGCAGAAACUACAACAAUAUCUUCAGACCCACCUUCACGCUCUCUAGCCGGCAAAGACCUCCAUCGUCACCAACGCCGGCUGGUCAUAACUUGCUGUGCCUUGGUGACAGCAUCGGCAACGGACGCGACCAUCUCCACCCUUCUCGCCCACGACGGUUGCUACGUCAUAUGUCUAGACCGCAAUCUAGACUGGGCGUCCAGGGGCGUCGAGAUGAUCGAGUACGCCGUUCCGGCUACGCGGAGGAAUGAAGGGGAAGAAGUCAAGGGGGAUGUUGUGAAUAUGGGAAGUGUGGCUGGGUUGAAGGGUGGGAUGCCGCAUUUGCUCUAUCCGAUGGAUAAAGGGGCGGUGGUUAAUAUGACCAGAGCGAUGGCUGCGCAUCAUGCGGUGGACGGAAUUAAGGUUAAUUGUGUCUGUCCUGGGAUGUUGUAUACGCCCAUGAUGUAUGGGAGAGGGAUGACGGAGGAGGCUUGA